AUGACCGACAUGAACACAGAAAAAAGCGCUCCAACAGAACUUCACAACAAGCUAGAUGGUCCCAACUACCGACUGAGCGGAAGGGACACAAGCACUCACGGGUCGAUUGUUAAAUGCUCUCAGGGAAAAGUGUGCAACUCUUGUAUCUUAACAGUAAUCACUAAUGGAUCGGAGCGCCGGGUCACCGCCAAGGGAUUAAGCCCAAAAGAUGAAGUAAAACCUUAUGAGGCCACGCCCCCAGACCAGCCCUAUGAGGCCACGCCCCCAGACCAGCCUCCAGACGCCACGCCCCCAGACCAGCCUCCUGACGCCACGCCCCCAGACCAGCCUCCUGACGCCACGCCCCCAGACCAGCCUCCUGACGCCACGCCCCCAGACCAGCCUUCUGACGCCACGCCCCCAGACCAGCCUCCUCCCCCUCAUGAAGCCACGCCCCCAAACCAGCCUUAUGACGCCACGCCCCCAGACCAGCCUCCUGACGCCACGCCCCCAGACCAGCCUCCUCCCGCCACGCCCCCAGACCAGCCUUCUGACGCCACGCCCCCAGACCAGCCUUCUGAUGCCACGCCCCCAGACCAGCCUCCUCACGCCACGCCCCCAGACCAGCCUUAUGACGCCACGCCCCCAGGCCAGCCUUCUGACGCCACGCCCCCAGGUCAGCCUUCUGACGCCACGCCCCCAGGCCAGCCUCCUCACGCCACGCCCCCAGACCAGCCUUAUGACGCCACGCCCCCAGGCCAGCCUCCAGAAGCCACGCCCCCAGACCAGCCUUAUGACGCCACGCCCCCAGGCCAGCCUCCAGAAGCCACGCCCCCAGACCAGCCUUCUGAUGCCACGCCCCCAGACCAGCCUCCUGACGCCACGCCCCCAGACCAGCUUUCUGAUGCCACGCCCCCAGACCAGCCUCCUCACGCCACGCCCCCAGACCAGCCUUCUGACGCCACGCCCCCAGACCAGCCUUCUGAUGCCACGCCCCCAGACCAGCCUUAUGACGCCACGCCCCCUGACCAGCCUCCUCCCGCCACGCCCCCAGACCAGCCUUCUGACGCCACGCCCCCAUACCAGCCUCCUGACGCCACGCCCCCAAACCAGCCUUAUGACGCCACGCCCCCAGACCAGCCUGCAACCGCCUUUUAUACAAGUGCAGGACGCUCGCCACGACAGAAAAAGGGCCGGGCGCUGCGGGUCCUGCAUGCGGAUGCGGGCGAAUGGGUGAAUGGGCGGGGAACGCAGGGGGCGGGGUCGCUGGAGGCGCAUGGGGAGGGAGGGGGCGGAGAGGCGGAGGAAUCCGGAGGACGCAGAGGCAAUGGAUUCUCUCAAAAUAAACCACAAGUUUGA